UCAAUCGUUUCUUUCCUCAACUUUCACGUUGUCUUCGAAUCAGAAAACACUCCCCACUCAAUCCUCAGAUCUAUAUAUUUCUAGCUAUCGCAUGAGCGUGCAGAACCUCAAUUCCUUUGACCCCUUCGCUGAUGAGGGCGACCCCCUCGGAGGCAACAACGACGUCGGAUCUCAGCAGAAUUACAUUCACAUUCGUAUUCAGCAGAGAAACGGGAGAAAGACACUCACCACUUUACAGGGAUUGCCUAAGGAGUAUGAUUCGAAAAAACUUCUGAAGGCUUUCAAAAAGGAAUUCGCCUGUAAUGGAACUCUCGUUGACGACGAAGAAAUGGGUCAGGUCAUUCAGCUUCAAGGUGAUCAGCGGGUCAAGAUAGCCAACUUCCUCACGGAAGAGGGUAUCCCGAAGAACACUAUCAAGUUGCAUGGGUUCUAAGUGUGGUGUCAGAACGAACGGCGGAAGCUCUUCUUUUGCCGUAGCGUCCAGGUUGACGCCAUGCGCACGUCUCACUGUACAGUUACAACUUCUUUUCUUAUGUUUCAUACGCGUGUAUGUACUUUAAAGAAUAUCUUCCUGCUAUGCAUUAUACGGACUAAAUUUCCUGGAUGGAUUAAACAUUUGAACAUCAAUACAAACAACAACGUGAAGUC